UCUACACUGCAUCUCUGUUUGUUUACUCUGUUAUCUGGAGCUCAGAGGGACGUUUGAAGGGUGAUCUGUCAGAAGGAUUGUGCUCCAUUUUCUCCGUCUUCCUGCCAUCCCAGGGACACAACUGCCUGUGGAUUUCUAUCUGAGUGUGGGUGACACCUCUGAAGGUGGAGAGGCAGGAGUCUGCUACGCUCCCAAACCCUCCUGUGAGUGUGUGUGGAUGACCUGUGCUCUAAUAACAUCUACGCAGUCACCCAACCACCCUCUGCUCUCUGAUGAGACUCAUGCAUGUAAACUGACCCUGGAACAGUAGUAAUGUAAGAGUCUGUUCCUCAGCACCAUGAACAAGAUGAAGAACUUUAAGAGGCGUUUCUCUCUUUCUGUUCCUCGCACUGAAACCAUCGAGGAGAACGAGUUCACCGAGCAGAUCAACGAGCUCAACAUACAGCACACUCAGGGCCUCACUCAGGACAGACUGGGUCCUCCGUCUCAUGAUGCCAGUCCUUCGAGUCCCGAACCAAUAACGCCAGGCACUGAGUCUCCUUCACAUCUCGUCUUUCACAGCAAGGCCCAGCAGAGACGCUUCUCCAUGGAGGACGUCAGUAAGCGCAUGUCUCUGCCGAUGGACAUCCGUCUGCCUCCAGAGUUUCUGAAGAAGCUGCAGCUGGAGAGCGAGAACUCUCCGCUCUGCAAACCUCUGAGCCGCAUGUCCCGACGCGCCUCACUGUCCGACAUAGGCUUCGGGAAACUGGAGACGUACGUGAAGCUCGGCAAACUGGGAGAGGGGACAUAUGCCACAGUGUUCAAGGGGAGAAGCAAACUCACAGAGAACCUGGUGGCGUUGAAGGAGAUUCGGCUGGAGCACGAGGAGGGAGCGCCGUGCACUGCUAUCAGAGAGGUGUCUCUACUGAAGAACCUGAAACAUGCCAACAUCGUCACGCUGCACGACAUCAUCCACACCGAGCGCUGCCUCACGCUGGUCUUUGAGUAUCUGGACAGUGACCUUAAACAGUAUCUGGACAACUGCGGGAAUCUCAUGAGCAUGCAUAACGUCAAGAUAUUCAUGUUCCAGCUGAUGCGUGGUCUGUCCUACUGUCACAAGAGGAAAAUCCUCCACAGAGACCUGAAGCCUCAGAACCUGCUCAUCAACGACAAGGGCGAGCUCAAACUGGCCGACUUCGGUCUGGCGAGGGCACAGUCUGUCCCCACAAAGACUUACUCCAAUGAGGUGGUAACACUUUGGUAUCGCCCCCCCGACGUGUUGCUGGGCUCGACAGAAUACUCGACACCCAUCGACAUGUGGGGCGUGGGCUGCAUCAUGUUUGAGAUGGCAACAGGUCGUCCACUGUUUCCUGGGGCCACGGUGAAGGAGGAGCUACACUUAAUCUUUAGGCUUGUUGGCACUCCAACCGAAGAGACUUGGCCUGGUAUCAGUUGUAAUGAGGAGUUUAGGUCUUACCUGUUUCCUCAAUACAGACCUCAAGCUCUCAUCAACCAUGUGCCCAGGUUGGACACAGAAGGGAUCGACAUGCUGACCGCUCUGCUGCUGUAUGACAACAGGAGCAGAGUCUCUGCUGAAGCCUCUCUACGAUACCCCUACUUCACCAGUCUGGGAAAUAAUAUACAUAAUUUGGCAGACACUGCUUCAGUGUUUUCCCUCAAAGAGCUCCAGCUCCAGAAGGACCCAGGCCACCGCAGCUCAGUGUUUCAGCCUUUAGGUCGAGGAAAGAACCGAAGACAGAGCAUCUUCUAGACGUCACAGAGGAGAUCAGAGACGCUCAGAGAAGAGAAGUCGCUUUUCCUACGACAGCACAAAGGCCAUCAAAGCUCAGCUCGUUCACAAGCAUGCUCACCUGUGUGCACACACCUGCAUGUACACACAGACUCAUGUGCACUCACUUAUUUCCAGGGAAGUUCACCACGGAGCCUCACACAUGGUUUCUGGAAAUACACUUGUGAAAUGACUGAGCAGAGAUACACUCAUACAGAACAUAUUUGCACACAUUUGCACAAUCGACGACACUGAACAUGCUGCCAUUACUUAUUUUCAAACAUGAUAGAUGUAUAAUUAUUCUGCUGACACACAUGCAUUAUAGCUCAUGAUUCUGACCAUUAGGCCCCUAAAAUAAAAGCUGCUCUGUUGUAGUGUACACAAACUUGAAUAUUUUCCAUUUAGAGCAUACCCAGGGCUUUAGCCAUUUAAGGUAGCUAUAGCACAUCUGGAACCUCUAUACACUUGCAGGUGUACAGACAUUAAGGUUGUAGAGGUCCGUUCAGUCAAACAACUUGUUGAAAAAAUGUGCUAAAUGUUUGUCUGACUAAGAUUAAGGCUUGUCUCUUGUAAAAUGUAGCUUAAAGAUUCACCUGCCACCUCUGAACUGCAAAAGAUUCCCUCGCAGCUCGAAAUAUUACAAAUGCUAAGAUCAUAAAUUGAACAUUUAAACAAUUUAUGUAUUUGUUAGCUAUAGAUAAGCUAACAGGCUAAUUGAGCAGCCAAAAGUUAUCAUGAGGUUGCUAGCAUCUAACAGUUCACAAAGGGUCAACUAAAUACAGUAGCUAACACAUAAAAUAUAGAUUUCAUCAUUGUGUUUCUGACCUACAACUAGAGAAAACAUAUUGAAUCUAAAAAGAACCGCUUAUUAAAAGCCCAAAGUGCCCUCAGGUUGCUAAAAUACCCAAAAUGCUAACAGUGGCUAAGGCCUUUCGUGCUAAUGGGAACUUGUUAAAUUACAAGACAAGAGUUUGAACAAUUAAACAAUUUAUGUCUGCGUGAGCUAUACAUAAGCUUAUAGGCUAAUUAAGCAGUGGUUAAACGGGUCAAAUUAACAAAGUACGUUAGCUAAAACAUGAUAUAUGGCGCUAAUAAUAGUUAGCUACCGGGAGAAGCAAGCUAGCUAAGAAGCUGCGAUGAUGUAACCCUCCUGUUGUCUUCGGGUCAAAUCUGACCGAUUUACUACUUUCAUCAAUCAUAAUUUUUUUUGUUUUACAU